GCCGCGCAAACAGCGCCGCGCCAGCCUCCUGCCCCGUUCUCCGUCACGUGCGCCGCGUUGCGGCCAGAUGAGCGCCGCAGAGAUGCGCGAGCGCCGGCGCCGCGUGCUGCAGGCGGUGUGUUCGCUGUGCGUGUGCGUGUACCUGGGCGCCGUGGUGGGACGCGGCGCGCGCGUCUCGGCCGCCGACCUCGCGUGGCCCGAGCGCGCGCCUAAGUCGGUAGACGCCGACUACGGCCAGGACUACGGCGAGGAGACGCCGGAGCCCGAGCCCGAGCCAGAGCGCAGCACCAGCCCGCGGUUCGCGUACGUCACGGAGCGCACACCUCAGGCUGAUCCGCGGCUCGCCGACGUCUUCAUCAGCGUCAAGACGUCCGGACAGUUCCACGACACGCGGCUGCGGCCCAUCCUUGACACGUGGUUUCCGCUCGCCAGCCAGCAGACAUGGUUCUUCACGGACGUUGAUGACGACGCGCUGCAGCAGAGAACAAAUGGUCACGUGAUCAACACCAACUGCUCCUCGUCUCACCGGCGAGAUGCGCUCUGCUGCAAGAUGGCCGUCGAGUAUGACGUGUUCAUGGAUUCCGGCAAGAAGUGGUUCUGCCACUUUGACGACGACAACUACGUGAACACGGCGCGGCUGGGUGAGCUGCUGGCCGGCUUCAGUCCCCGUCAGGACUGGUACCUGGGCAAGAACUCGAUCCGCACGCCGCUGCAGAUCAUAGACCGGGCCAUCAGCGGGGACCGGGUAUCGUUCUGGUUCGGGACGGGCGGCGCUGGCUUCUGCAUCAGCCGGGCCCUCGCGCUGAAGAUGUCUCCGUUCGCCAGCGGCGGACGAUUCAUGCGCGUCGGCGACAAAAUACGACUUCCUGAUGACGUCACAAUGGGUUACAUCAUCGAGCACCUGGUCAAGACGCGGCUGACGGUGGUGGACGAGUUCCACUCGCACCUGGAGCAGAUGAAGUUCAUCCGACCGGCCGAACUCAGUCAGCAGAUCUCGUUCAGCUACUCCAAGUACGCCGACGAGAUGAAUGUGGUGGACGUGGACAUCCUGGAUCAGGAGCAGGACCCCACUAGAUUUUACUCGCUGCACUGCCUGCUCCACCCGAAAGCGUCGUUUUGCCCGCGCUGACGUCACCACGGGUGUCGUCACGUGACACAGGGCUUUCAGCACUCGCAGCAGACACCAGGCCGGGCGGCGGACCUGUCCGAAGCGUCACGUGAUCACCGGGAGCACUGCGGCCAGCCUGCCGGUGGCAUCGGUGCCCAGUGUUGUGUUGUCAUGCCGCCGCCGCCGCGCCGCGGGAUGGGCGGCCAGGAGUCACGAGGUCAGUUCUGCUCGCUUCGGCGCUUGCGCAUGCUCCGACCGUGCUCUCAAGCACGGCCGCAAGAAGUGAGGACGGGAAGGGCGCGCACUGCGCCGGGAAUGUACAGGGUAUGUGGCAAUAGCGACGCAGUUCCUCCGCUGUGAUGGCUUCAAGUGUCGCGACGCUGUCCGCUCGGUGUGCUGGCCCCUUACUUAGCAGCUCACCGCCGCGAGCUCGAUGAUGGUAACGGCGGGCGACUGCUGCCGCCGCCGAACCAUGGCCGGGCUCGGCCCGUGUCUUGUCAACAGUGGAUCGGAUAUCGCUAUAUCUCGGCCAGGUGCAGCCCGUGCCCUGUCGACGGUGGACCGGACACACGAUGUCCUCGAUGUCCGCGCCGCGUGGAUCGUGCUCUUCCGCGGAGCGUUCUCCGCCAUCGCGUGCAAUAGUGCUGGACAGAUCGCGAACUUAUCGGCGUAGUGAUGGUCAACAGGUGUUUAUCAGUGUAGCCGUGGGUGUCGGCGUGGCGUGCGCCGGUCGUGUUUAUGCUGUGCUUCUGUGAUAGCGCAUCGGUGGACUGUGAGUCAUGGGUAUACAGAAAUACAUUGCGUCAUUUGUC